AUGCCCCUCAUUGGCAUGGCCCUGGCGGGGCUGCUCGAUGGGGACUUCUACUUCGUGCGCUACGGGGUGCCCGGGCCGCCGCUCUUCCACGAGCGCCGUUGCGUUCACCUGCCGCUGAUCCAGGCUGGCGGUGUUAGCGCCAGCUGCACGACCGACGACGACCACUACGACGAGGACCACUCCCCUGGCGGCGACGUCGUGGAGCGGUGCUUCCUCCCGGGGGGCGCCCGGGGCGAGGCGCCGCCGGCCGUGGUGGGCGGCGGUGGCGCCCGUGUGUGCCGCUUCCGCGGGGCGCCGCUGGUGGCGACGCUGGGAGCGUCGAGGGACGCGGCUGCGGUCAGGGCUGGCCACCUCGCCCCUGGGCUGCCCCUCGCGCCCUACGUGGGAGGUGUGGGAAGCGGCCUGGUUGCCUUCGCCGUGCUGGGCCCAGGUUGGCCCGUGAGGAGGCCUCGAACCCGCGUGUGGAUCUGCCAGUUCAUGCCCGCGGGCGGGGGCAGACCUGUCGCCCGACAUCAUCGCUGCAAGACCGACUGCCGCCUGUCCGACGAGGGCGGCGUAGUCGAGCACCUGAGGAUCUGCACGGCCCUGGAGAACGCGAUUUGGUUUGAUCAGAUUUACGUGACGGAGAUGGCCAGCUUUGAGCUCCUGGGUAGAGCUUUGCAGGUCCUCGAGGAGAGGUAUUGCGAUCGCCUGGCUGGCUUUUCGGACCCUUCGCGCGUGGACACGCACCGCCACAGGGGCAUUGAGCUGGCAUGCGACAGCUGCGGCGCGUGUCCAACGCUCCAGGAUUGGGUGAGCCAGGAGCUCGCAGAGGAGCACGCGACCCUGAAGGAUAGGAGGGCGACCCGUGAGGAGCGCGCCGCCGCUGCCACCGCGAAGGCCAAGGCCAAGGCGCGAGGGAGGCAGGGCGGCCCCCGCCCGGGCUUCGCCAACCCGACGCUGCUGUUCAUGGCGAUGCACGGCUUCCUGGUGCUGCUGGGGCUGCCGCGGAGCGACAGCGCGACAUCUUCCCGCUGCCGCCGCUGGGGCGCCGAGAGGGCGCCUUGGCUGCUAGGGGUGUCUGCGGUCGCUCGGCGCCGCGCCGGAGCCUCCAAGACCGUCGACUGGGCCAACGCGUGCAUCGACUCGCUGAACUCGGCCUACGGGCAUGCGAAGCACGAGCAGCCGCAGCGGCCCAUGAAUGCCUCUCAGCGCGCCGCGCUGGAUCACAUCGAGUCGGGGUUCUUGCAA